AUGGCUAAAGCUACUAGUGCUCAAGCUUCAAAAAGAGGGCCUACUGGACUUUUGAAACUUUAUUUGAUUACUUAUAACUUUGCUUCUCUUGCUGGAUGGGCGUAUGUUCUAUUUUUAGCUCUGGCACAAAUUGCUCGUGAAAGCAGUUAUCAAAAUGUAUUUGAAGCAACAUGGCCUGUAUUGAUUGUUGUUCAAACAACAGCUUUGUUUGAAGUAAAGUAUAUGCAAUUAUAUAUAAUGAGCGAAGAUAUUGUUCAUGCUUUAUUAGGAUGGGUGAGAACACCUCUGAUGACAACUAUUAUGCAAGUAUUCUCACGUAUUUUCUUGGUUUGGGCCGUAAAUUAUCCAUUCCCUGAAAUUCAUUCUCAUUGGUCAUACACUACAAUGGUCAUCUCUUGGAGUAUUGCUGAAUGUGUAAGAUAUUCUUAUUAUGCAACAAAUUUAGCCUCUUCUGUACCUGCUAUUAUUACUUGGGCUCGUUACACAUUCUUUUUAGUCCUAUACCCAACUGGUAUCUCUUCUGAAUUGAUCAUGAUUUAUCAGUCGUUACCUUAUGUUAAGGCUGCUUGGGGAGAUUUGUAUUAUUACAUCUAUAUUGCUGUCAUCAUAUUAUAUGCUCCUGGUUCACCUGUUAUGUAUAAUCACAUGAGAAUACAACGUAAAAAGUACCUUAAAGGAACCGACAAAAAGAUAAAUUAA